CGCAGAUGCCUGCCUGCCUCCUCUCCUGCACGGCAGCAGACUGCUGCAGCUCCCGCCCGAUUCGCUCUCCCUUCACCGCCUGCAGAGGAGGCUGCCGGCUCUUUGCCGCAGCCCCCCAGCUGAACCGGUCCUAAGGCAGAAGGAAAGCCACCCGCCAGCUGGUUUCAUCUUCUCCUGCUCCCUGGACGGGUAGAGGGAAGGUGCCAUGGAGCCCGCUGGACCUGGAUGCCCAGAAAGCAGAAGGCAGCCUGGCAGCAGCCCGGUCCCCAAUGGUGGAGGGCAGCCAAAGCAAGCGAGUUGGGACGAUGCCAAGGCCUUUUAUGAGAACCUCUCUCCCAAAAAGAAGCCCAAAUCGCCGAGGCCUCAGCACGCCAUCACCAUCGCCGUGUCAUCCCGAGCCCUGUUCCGGAUGGAAGAGGAGCAGAAGAUUUACCAGGAGCAGGGCGUGGAGGCCUACGUGAAGUAUCAGCUGGAGCACGAGAACGAGCCCUUCCUGCCCGGAGCGGCCUUCCCUUUUCUCAAGGCCCUGGAAUCUGUCAACAGCCAGCUGCGGGAACUGUUCCCAGACAGCGAGGAGCUUUUUGACAUCGUCCUCGUGACCAACAACCACGCGCAAGUGGGUGUCCGCUUGAUCAACAGCAUCAACCACUACAAUCUAUUCAUUGAGAGGUUUUGUAUGACCGGGGGGAACAGCCCCAUCUGCUACUUGAAGGCCUACCAUACCAACCUCUACUUAUCAUCAGACUGUGAGAAAGUGAGUGAGGCCAUAGAAGAGGGUAUUGCAGCCGCCACUAUUUUCACCCCCGAGAAGGAUGUGCAAGUCUCAGAGAAGCAGCUGCGUGUCGCCUUCGAUGGAGAUGCUGUGCUGUUUUCAGAUGAGUCGGAGCAGAUUGUGAAGGCUCACGGCCUAGACAAGUUCUUUGAGCAUGAGAAGACUUAUGAGAACAAGCCCCUUGCUCAGGGACCGCUGAAGGGCUUCCUGGAAGCACUGGGGAAGCUGCAGAAGAAGUUCUACUCCAAAGGCCUGCGCCUGGAGUGCCCGAUCCGCACCUACCUCGUCACAGCUCGCAGCGCGGCCAGUUCUGGGGCCCGGGCCCUGAAGACUCUCCGGAGCUGGGGACUAGAAACGGACGAAGCCCUCUUUCUGGCUGGCGCGCCCAAAGGCCCCUUGCUGGAGAAGAUCCGCCCACAUAUCUUCUUUGAUGAUCAGAUGUUCCAUGUGGAGGGGGCGAAGGAGAUGGGCACUGUCGCUGCCCACGUUCCUUAUGGGGUUGCCCAGAAGUACAAGUCCUCAGGACAAAGAAAGACAGCUCAGAACAGCAAGUAGUGCCCAGGAUGGGCCUGGGCUGGACCAGCUUUCGAUACUUAGAGAACGAUGUCUCGGUUGGUGGGUGCAAACUAGAACCAAAGGUUCUAGUCCUCCUGCUGCCUGUAUCUGUUGCACUUUAUGCCCUUCCCCACCGGCGCAAUGGCUGUGCCCCACACCCUUCUGCCAGUCCCCUCAGAGCAUCUCCUGGGACAGGAUCUCCCUGGCGCUCUUUAGAGCCGCUCCUGCAUCCAUUGAGAGCGUUUCAAGAUGGAGCAAGCCUCCUGUUGCUCCCACACGGGGUCUUUUCGCACCAGAACAUACUUGAUUUGGGGACAUUUUCUUGCGACCUAUGCUGGGUGAGCGGGACAUAUGUCACACUCUCUCGAGUGCAGCGUGCAGGAGUUGCUGGCAGUGCCCACAGGAGCCCUGUCAAAGGACCCGCUUGCAACAUUUGUCUGGAAAAGGGCUGUUUCUUGCUGGUUAUAUGGCAGAGGCCAGCUUGAAACAUUCAGCCAGUGCUGAGGGGAACCUGCUUGGGAAGAGGGAAGCCCCAAGAUGAGCCAGCAGAGAGAGAAGCCCCCCCGCCCCCCAGUUUGAGGGAAUUCCUCACCCUCCAUCUCUUUCGGCUGCAGGGGGAGGGGGCAUUCAUUGCUCUCCCCUUCAAAAUGCCGCUGCCAGAAAAGGGGGGCUGAAAUGGGUCAAAGCAUAUUCAUAGCCAUAGAAGCAGCGUCAUUGUGCCAAGCACGUCAUAGGAGCUGCUUCGCACAUUAUUUGCGGCCCGACAUUUGGCAUUUUCUGGGCACCCAUUCAGGGUUCCCUCCACAAUCUUUCCUGUGGGUCAGGCAGUAGCAAAAGUAGGGAAACCCAGAUGGGCUUUGGCUCUGAGCUAGCAUGCAGAAAUGGGCUUGCCCGCAGGAGAAAACGUGCUGCUCUGUGCAGGAGUCAGACCUUGCUCCACAAGCAAGAAGGGGGACAGGGCUCCCUUUGCAAGACUGGGCACCUUUGGGGGCAAGGAGUAAUGAGAAGAGCACGCAAAGCGCUUGGUUCUUUUCCUUUCCAAGUGUCGAGAAGGAUGCCUGCAGGCUGGGGCCAGAAACAGAAGGCCCGGGUUCAAAUCUCCACUCAGCCAGGAAGCUCACCUGGCGAGUCUGAGCAAAUAGUUCACUCUAAAUAUAUUAAAUAUCAAAUCUGGAAGCAGUCACCUCCCUCCAAGAGCUUCUGAGGACUUUUCACCCGAAGCGUGGCUUCCUGUGGCUGUUCUUCCACUUCCAAUAUUACCGCACAUUUCCCUCAGGAGAAGAGCCGAGAAACUGUUCCCCCGUGGAGCUCCCUGCCCCAAGAACGUACUCGCCCCUGUUGCGUUCUGCUUCGUGAUCUUCGUGAUUAUGAGUGAAACAAAGUCUCCGCGCCUGCCCGACUUCGUGGAAGUUUGUCUGUAGCAGACCUUCUGUUAGCACACCUUCCCUUUUGUCUGUGCACUGUCCUUGGGUGACCUCCAAUGUAUCCUAAACAUAAGGACUAGAAACAUGGAGAAGGGCAAGAUGAAAAGAUGCUUAGUAGCCUCUCAGUGUUGCCUUGCCCACAAACAAAACCUGAGCUAUCCUUCUUGUUAUGGGAAACUCCUGACGUGGCACCACUCCGUCCAAGAGAGCAAAUGCACCCCAAAACCUGUUUAAUCGUGAUUCCCCACUUCUCGUGGCAUCUUGGAACGGGAGCUCUUUCUGCAGCCUUGCACCGAGACCUCACCACCAGUUCCCCCAAACUGCCAUCAGCUGGUAGACAGAGGCUAGCUUCACAAAACUCUGGUUGGUGUAAGUCAGUGUUGUCCAAACUUGGCCACUUUAAGAUG